AGAGAAGUGAGAGAAGAGAAUGUCAGGUAAAGGUGGGUAGACUGGUAGGCCAAACCCAAAUAACGGUGGCAGGUUAUUCAAUACAACUACUUUCAUUUCUUAUCCUCCACCCACCCUCCACUUAUCCUACGCUUAAUAACCUCCCAUGAUCACCUACUGCGCACGUUAUCAUCUCCCCCACCCACUACCCACUAACCCCAUGAGUAUGGCCAAUCAUCCUUCUCUCUCUCUCCUUAUUUUCUUUUCAAACCCAUCAUCUUCUUUCUUUCUCUCUCCUCCUUUUUACCAUUAUGGCUUCCCCUUCUCCCUCCGACAACCCGUAUCCGGCAACCGACAACCCUAACCCUAUCCCUAACCCAAAUCCUAGUCCACCCACAAGCCGCAAGUUUCCGGCUCCAUGUUGGACUCAAGAUGAAACGCUAGCGUUAAUUAAUGUUUAUCAAGACAAAUGGUAUUCUCUUCGCCGCUGUAAUCUUCGUACUGCUGAUUGGGAAGCUGUUGCUGAUGAGGUGAAUCGUCGUUGUCCUAAUCAAGAUACGCCCAAAUCUUCUGCUCAGUGUCGUCAUAAAAUGGAGAAGCUCCGAAAACGGUAUCGGGCUGAAAAGCAGCGGAUCGCCUCUCUUCCUCCUCAUAUUAGUUAUAAUAACAGGUUUUUUCCUCCUUCUUCUUGGGUGUUUUUUGAUCUUAUGGAUGCUAUGGAAAUUGGGCCGGUUUCCAGGUCUGGAUCUGUAUCUGGGGUCAUACCUAUUAGUAUUAAUAGUAAUAAUUCUAAUGAUGUUAAUUUAUUGAAAGAUAGAAAUGAGUUGAGUAUGAUUCAGAAUGGAGGUUUUGCGAAGGAGGAGAAAAAGGAAAAGAAUGAUUUAGGGAAGUAUUUUGAUGAGAUUUUGAUGGGUAUGGGUAAACGGGUUGGGAGUGGGAGUGGGAGUGGGAGUGGGAGUGGAAGUGGUUCAAUGAAGUUUAAAUUGAAGAAUCCGAAUCAUAAUGAUAGGUACAUUGAUGAUGGUGAUCAAGGAUAUGAUAAUGAUUAUAACAAAAUUGGAAGAAAUACUGUUUCUGGGUUUAUGAAGAGGAAAUUUGACGAUGGUGGUGGUGGUGGGGAGAGAUUUGGAUAUGGAGAGGAUUCAUCAUCAUCGAAAAUGAUGUUUUUAAACGGGUGUUGCACUAAGAAGGGUGUAGGACUACGCGAGAGAGGGGAGGAUGCAGUGGUAGAGGAGAUGGCGGCGUCGAUAAAGUUCUUGGCUGAAGGAUUGGUGAGAAUGGAGACAAUGAAGAUAGAAAUGAUGCAAGAUAUUGAGAGGAAGAGGAUGGAAAUGGAGAUGAAAAGGAAUGAGAUGAUGCUUGAAUCUCAACAUAAUAUUAUUAAUGCAUUCAUUCAAGGGUUGAAGAAGCAUAAGAAGGUUAAACUUAUGCAAGAACAAUGAACUUAAGAUCAAUAUUAAGAAUUUAAGAUCAAUUAAGUGAAAAUAAAGUGAGAAGUGAUAUUCACGGGUUGACAUGGUGGUUCCUUGUGACAGGGUUUGAUUCUCACGCCUACAAGAAGAAUUAAUUCCCCUCCUCACCGUUCAUGUAAGGGAUUCUUUAACCUUACCCCGGUAUAAAAAAAAUUGAGAAGUUCUAUAUUUUCAAGUGCUCUUUAAGAAUAUUCUAGUCUAGUUGAUAGUAGUAUAUAGAUUGAUGAUUGAAUUGAGUAAAAAUGCUUGUUGGAGACCAAUUUUUGUUGGAAUCUAAUGAGUAUUGUUUAGUUCAAACUUCAUCUCAUGGUUUUGGUUUGGUGCUAGUUAACAAGAUUGUGGCAUUUUUUAAACUAGAACUAGUAAAUAAUGUAGAAUGUUUAAUUUAGAGGAGGAACUAUUGAGUGGCUUCACAGUUCACAUAAAGUUGAAGUCUUUAGUUUUGCAUAAGUUAAUCUCAUUGUAAUUUCUUGGGAAUUUAUACCACUUUGAUGAAAGAAUAUGUUACUAACUUAUGCAUUUGAUUUCAAUUUUCUCUGAGAUUAACUGAACUUUUUGGUCUGUAUGUUGAUGAAAUUUCAUUGUGUUGAUUAAGGAUUGAUGCUUUGUAUUCACAUUGAUUUGUUUUGGCAUAUGCAUUGCUGCAAUAUGAGCAACUUUUCUUAGAAUACAGUUUCAUUGCUCUGUUCAAGAGUUGUUUCUUUUUUUGUUUUCAUUGUUGCUAUGUGCAAAAGCAAGACCAUGUAGUAACCAACUUUGUGAACCAGCUGAAUCCAUGACCUCAGGCAAACCAGAGUUGUGAUCGACCUUUAUAGCAGACCUUGUAAAAUCAAGUAAAAGAUUUGAUAGAAAGUUAAAUAAUCAAAAAGGAGAUUCUUAUUCUGUUUGGUGAUUUGUAGAAUGUGUUUUCUAAUGUUUGUUCUGGAAAUGCAACUAGUUUUGGGACAGAGAUACUUCGUGUAGAUUAUAGAUGAUGAAACACAAUACUCCUUUGUCCCGGUAUUGCCCUGGUCUCUAUACAUAGUAUGGAGGUAUCAAUUAUAUUUUUCUGUACGAGGAAAAUUAAUCAUUUUUACUAGAUCAGCUUAAAGACAAUAUCAUCAAUACUCACCUGCCAAACACUGAUAUUUUAAUCAACUUGUGCAUCUAUUCCUCCACUUUGAUCUUUUGUUUAGAAAGGUAAGGGUGGAGAAUUGACACGCGAUGAGACAACAAUAAUCAGUGGAGCACUGGAUUUGACGGAAAAGCUUCUUAAUUCCCUUCAACAGAAUUCUCAAUGGCUUGGGCUUUUCCUUCCAUGAGCCUCUUGUAUGUCAAAAUUGCUUUCUCCUGUAUCGGAUGCAUCACACAAUGACACCCAUAGAAUCGACGUUUUCCCU